AUGGCUCCCUCGGCGACAAAUACAAAAUGGGAUCACCAAUACGACACCCUGCGACGUCAAAAUCUCUUCCAGAACCCGCCCAAAGACCAUUCUGCAUAUCCCGCUCUUCAAUUAGCCGUCAACCCUCACAUCGAAUCCUUCAAUGGCAUGUUCCGAGAUGACGGAAAGAAAGGACUUCUCGCCCACGGAGUGGCAGACAUUGGAACAAAAACUUUUCUCGAUGGUGAUGAUAGAACUGGUCCAGAAGGCAAAAACCGACUGCAUAUUCGAAUCAAGGACGUGAGCUUGCACAAGCCACAGGUUCCUCCUUCAAACAAGAUGGCGCGAAACCGUGAAGUCCUACCCGCCGAGUGCAGAGAACGGCACGUCACAUAUAGGGGUCGGCUUUCUGCCACGUUUGAAUAUACAGUCAAUGGGGGUGAUCCUGUUGAGUUUGUUCGAGAAUUGGGGCAGGUACCCAUCAUGAUAAAGUCAAAUCGAUGCCACUUAGAAAACAACUCGCCUGCUCAGCUGGUGCAACGAAAGGAGGAAUCCGAAGAGCUCGGCGGCUACUUCAUCGUCAACGGCAUUGAAAAGGUGAUCAGAUUACUACAAGUGAACAAGCGAAAUUUCCCGAUGGCUAUCAAUCGACCUAGCUUCCAAAACCGAGGCUUGGGAUACACCCCGUACGGUAUCAUUUUGCGAUCCGUUCGCCCCGAUGAGACCUCCCAGACCAACGCACUUCAUUACCUUAAUGACGGCGGCGUCACUUUCCGAUUUUCAUGGCGAAAGAAUGAGUACUUGAUUCCUGUCGUUAUGAUCCUCAAGGCUUUGGUGGAGACAAAUGAUCGUGAAAUUUUCGAAGGACUGAUUGGACCCAUGGGAUCAAAGGCAACGGAGAAUACCUUCUUGACGGAUCGAGUCGAGUUACUUCUGCGAACCUACAAGGGUUAUGGACUCUACAGCAAAUCACAGACCCGAGCUCACCUCGGAGAAAAGUUUCGAGUCGUGCUAGGUGUGCCGGAAAGCAUGUCAGACUACGAAGUUGGUACUGAGUUUUUGAGACGCAUUGUUCUGGUUCACUUGGGCAACAUCAACGUAACUGAGGAACAGGAUGCCGACAAGUUUAAGAUGCUGUUGUUUAUGACCCGCAAAUUGUAUGCACUGGCCGCUGGCGAAUGUGCUGUUGACAAUCCUGAUGCUCUUCAAAACCAGGAGAUUCUUCUGGGUGGCUUCUUGUACAGCCAAAUUCUAAAGGAGCGACUUGAUGAAUUCCUGAGUGUUGGUGUCCGCACAUCUCUUCGCGAUUUCCUCAGGCGACAUCCCGAAGUCUCCUUUACGUCAGAAGAUUUCAGAAAGGAGUUCCCAACUGCGAUUUUCAGAAAGGCAAAUGAAAAUCUUGGCAAUGCGCUUGAAUACUUUUUAUCUACUGGAAACUUGCAAAGCCCGUCAGGAUUGGACCUGCAACAGACUGCUGGUUUUACGGUUGUGGCUGAGAAGCUCAACUUCCUUCGAUUCAUCAGCCAUUUCCGCAUGGUCCAUCGUGGUGCCUUUUUCGCUCAAUUGAAGACGACGGCAGUGCGAAAACUGCUCCCGGAGUCAUGGGGAUUCAUGUGUCCCGUUCACACGCCCGAUGGUUCGCCCUGUGGCCUGUUGAAUCACUUGGCUCACAAGUGUAAGAUUAUGACGGAUCACGUUGACGUGUCCAAGAUUCCGGCGCUUGCCAAGGAGCUUGGUGUAGUGGACGCGUCUUCUGCUCUUACGAGCGAGAAUGUCGUCGUUAUGAUGGACGGCAAGAUUCUCGGGUGGUGCAGUCCGAAGGAGUCACUUAGAAUAGCAGACUGCCUGCGGUACUGGAAAGUCGAGGGUACUCAUGGCGUACCAUUGCAACUAGAGAUUGGAUAUGUGCCCGCAUCGAAUGGAGGUUCAUACCCCGGUGUCUACAUUACAUCGACUCCUGCACGCAUGGUCCGACCCGUCAAGUAUCUCCCUCUGCAAAGGCAAGACUUUGUCGGACCGUAUGAGCAGCCAUACAUGUCCAUUGCUGUUGUCCCGCAAGAGAUAGAAAACGGCUUGUCCACCCACGUCGAGUUCGAUCCCACCAACAUGCUGUCCAUCCUGGCUAACAUGACGCCAUUUUCCGAUUUCAACCAGUCUCCCCGUAACAUGUACCAAUGUCAGAUGGGUAAACAAACCAUGGGCACACCUGGCACAGCAAUACGGUACCGAACAGACAACAAGUCGUACAGAAUUCAGACUGGGCAGACUCCAAUUGUCCGCGCACCGUUACACAAUGACUACGGGUUCGACAACUUCCCCAAUGGUAUGAAUGCCGUCGUUGCUGUCAUCUCUUACACUGGCUAUGACAUGGACGACGCUAUGAUCUUGAACAAGUCAGCACACGAAAGAGGCUUCGGACACGGUACCAUUUACAAGACCAAGAAGAUUUCACUCAAGGACGAUUCAAGAACGCGUGCAACAAAGAGCGUGACCAAGGCCUUUGGAUUCGCACCUCACAGCUACGUCAGCGCUUCACACCAAGGCAUGCUUGAUGACGACGGUCUUCCUCAUGUAGGACGUCUGGUUCAAGAAGGAGACGUCAUAUGCGCAUGGCACACCGUCACGCCCGACUACAACGGCAACCUCGUCAACCUGGACGGCAUCACCCAUUACGAAAAGUACAAAGACAGCGAGACAGGUUUCGUCGAAGAAGUCCGGCUCAUUGGUGCGGAGACGGGCAAUGAACCCCUGCAAACCAUCUCCCUCAAGUUCCGUGUCCCACGAUCCCCCAUCAUCGGAGACAAGUUCUCGUCUCGUCACGGUCAAAAGGGUGUUGCGUCACAAAAAUGGCCCGCCAUCGAUAUGCCCUUCUCGGAGAGCGGUAUCCAACCGGACGUCAUUAUCAACCCGCACGCUUUCCCGUCGCGUAUGACGAUUGGCAUGUUUGUCGAGUCCCUCGCCGGCAAGGCCGGUGCCCUCCACGGCCUUGCCCAAGACUCAACCCCGUUCAAGUUUGACGAAGAAAACACGGCGGCCGACUACUUUGGCCACCAGCUCAUGAAGGCCGGGUACAACUACCAUGGCAACGAACCCAUGUACUCCGGCAUCACGGGCGAAGAGCUCGGCGCCGACAUCUACAUUGGUGUCGUCUACUACCAGCGUCUGCGUCACAUGGUCAACGACAAGUACCAAGUGCGAACUACUGGUCCCGUCGUCCCCACGACCGGCCAGCCCAUCCAGGGCAGAAAGCGCGGUGGUGGUAUCCGUGUUGGUGAAAUGGAGCGUGACGCGCUGCUCGCCCACGGAACAGCCUUCCUCCUUCAAGACAGACUGCUCAACUGCUCCGAUUACACCAAGUCGUGGAUCUGCCGGCGCUGCGGGUCAUUUUUGUCGGUACAACCGACGGUUUCGCAGUUCGCCCCCAGUAAGAAGAAGGCGCCGUCUAUGGUGCGGUGUCGAAACUGUGCCACGAAGCUGGAUGAGACGGAUGGAAUUGACCUCACGGAGAUUCAGGGCGAGAUUUGGGAAGAUGGCCAGGGUAAUUACUGGGUUGGCGGUGACGAGACGACGCAGGUUGUUGUGCCUGGAGCGUUGAAGUACCUGGAUGUUGAAUUGGCAGCCAUGGGAGUCAAGUUGAAGUAUAAGAUUAACAAGGGGGAUGAGCCUAGGAAGGGGGUUAUGCGGCCGAUGGGGAGGCCAAAAGCUAUCAAGGCGUAG